GGCACAUGUCCCUUACACAGCACACCAUUGCAUUGCACUCCUCACAUUGCAGAGCUGUGAAUUCUGCUAACUAGGGUUGAAAGUCCAUUCUCCCAUCCCAGAGUUGAAUCUCUGCAGUGCUCUGUCUGCCUGGUGCUCAUCAUGAAAUGCUCACAAGUCGUCUUGCUCCUGCUGGCCCUGUGUAGCUUCGCUACUGCGGCCUCCUCUUCCAGGUGUGAAGUCAAUGAAAGCAGCCUUUGCAACUUCAUAUGUGAUUGCUGGGAUUGUUCUGAUGAGCGGAACUGUGGUUACCAUCGAGAUUCGCCAGUAUGGGGCAUUCCAUUCAGCUGUGAUUUCGAGAAUGACGACUGUGGCUGGAAGGACAUCAGCACGUCUAGCUACCGAUGGGUGAGAGACAGACGAAGUUCCUCCAUGUGGGGCUCCAGACAUCACGGUGAUCAUACACUGCGACAAAGAUGGGGCUGGUUCAUGGCAGCUGAAGGUUUCAGCGGAAAACAUGCAGCAUCAGCACGCCUCCAAUCCCCUGUUCUGAGAGAGGCAGCUUCCACAUGUGAGAUCCACAUUCACUACCACAUGUCGUCUGCAGGUUCUGAGGUGAAUGGAAGCCUCUCUAUGCAGCUGAUAGACCGCACUCAGGCCUUCACCUUAUGGAAUAGCUCGCGGAGCAGUGUGUUGUCCUGGAGACGAGCAGUUUUCUACACUGGCAGGAUCUCUGGGGACUUCCAGAUUAUUGUCACAGCCUCACAUGACCCUCUCAGCUGGGUGGACAUUGCUGUGGAUGAUAUUGAAUUUCAUCAUUGUGCUCUUCCAGGUCUGCCGGAAGAUUGUGCGGCGGGACAUUAUCACUGUGCUCGAGGCAGUUGUGUGAAGGAUAGCGCUCUCUGUGAUGGGACCGAUGACUGUGGUGACAAUUCGGAUGAAACAAACUGCAAUACCAGUCAUCACUGCAGCUUUGAGAAUGGCACCUGUGACUGGGAGUCUAAGUGGGAAAGAGUUGAUGGGUUCAACUCCAGACCAGGUCGAGAUCACACAGCCAACAAGAGAUCAGGUUUCUUCUUGCGUGUUCUACAAAACACUACAGAAGCCAGCACACUCACAAGCCCCCCACUGCAAGCAGAUAGCAGCUUGCCAUGCUUUUUUGUGUUUUAUUACCUCUUGGAUGGUUCCAGUUCCAGUUCACUUGUGAUCAGAGACUCCGAUAAUAAUGUUCUGUUACAGAAAAAGGGACACAGGGGACCUGUAUGGCUCAGAGAGAAGAUCAACUUACAGAAUUACACCAAGAAAUUCCAGAUUAUCAUUGAAGGUGUUGCUGGAGGAAUGGAAGGUACUGUGGCUCUUGAUGAUCUUAUACUGUCAUCUGGAUGCAAAGUAAACGUCAGCGAGCUAUUUGAAUCGCCAUUCCUGCCUGCGAAGACUGAGAUUAAUGUGAGGGAAUCCUGCAGCACAGUAGAACUGUUUGAUUUUAAAAAAGGCUUAGAAGGCUGGACAGAUGUCAGCAUUGGACAGCUAAAAUGGGAGGAUUCUAAAGGAGGAGAUAUUGGAUCGGGCCUUAAAGUGAUGAAAGCAGAGGGGAAUUUAAAAACUCAUGCUGAAAUUAACAGCCCUCUGCUCUGCUCCGUUGAACCCUCCUGUGUUCUGAAUAUAACCUAUUACUUUACCAGUGGCCCUGCAGGCUUUCUGAAUCUACGGGGGUGGGAUCGACAGCUGGACAAACACACUCAUAUGUGGCAUGGCACAGGAGAGAGAAGCACAUCAUGGAAUAUUGCUACAAUUCCUCUGGGAGAGUGGAAACAGCCUUUCCAGCUGGUGCUGUCUGGAUCUGUGGACCCCCAACCAGAAGGGAACUGGAUCGCUCUAGUGCAAGAAAUGCGGUUUAUAGGUUGCCAUAAUGCCUCUGUCCCUGCUGACGAACCUGUAACUUGUAACUUUGAGAAGAGUCUGUGUGGCUGGUACCAAGAUCUGACAGAUGAGAUUGACUGGAAGCUGGGAAGCUUAUCAGACCACACUACAGGGCAAGGUCGUUUUAUGUAUGUGGAAGGAGAUUCUCGAGGGGAUCGUGGUAACAUAGCACGCCUUAUAUCUUAUCCACAAUCCAUCCUGAAGGAGUCACAGUGCUUGUCAUUUCACUAUCGGCUGCAUGGCCCAGAUACAGGGACUUUGAACCUAUUCAGUAUAUUUGAUGGAGGAGAAGAGAAGCUGAUCUGGACCAGCACUGGCACCCAUGGAAAUCGCUGGCAUCGAGACUCUGUCACUCUCACUGGCAAGAAAUAUCAGCUGAUCUUUGAAGCGUUGCGUGAUGGAUCUGUGGGCAACAUCGCCAUUGAUGACAUCACUAUCACAUCCAGUGUGUGCCCUGCUCCUACACUUUGCUCUUUUGAAGCUGGAACCUGUGGCUUCUCCUCUGAGGGAACAUACACAUGGAAAUUACAUCAGCACAGCCGCUCUGAAUCCCACAAUGGGCCUUACUUUGAUCACACGCUGCAGACCUUCACAGGACAUUAUAUGGUGAUUGAUACCAGCUCUUCCUCCCUUCCCCAGAAAAAGACUUCAGUUUUGAAAUCCAGUAGCUACAGUGCCCAACCGGAUGAAGCCUGUCUGAACUUCUGGUAUCAGCUAGGAGGAGAAGAGCCAGGAACACUGAAUGUGUAUAUUGAAGAGGAUAAUGGAAAGAAGAAAGUUAAGAGACAGUUACUGAGUAUCAGUGGGAAACGUCAAGAAAGCUGGCACCACAAAAGUCUGGCACUCCAGUCUGAGAGAUCCUGGGUGCUGUUGUUUGAAGCAGUGGGUGCUGGUGGAGGUCGUUCUUAUAUUGCUGUGGAUGAUAUUCACAUAAGACAUCACCGUUGUCAUGAAGCAGUGUCAUGCGACUUUGAAUGGGGAUCGUGUGCUUGGACCAACGUUCGGAUCCCUUUAAUGGACACUUAUGAUUGGGACUGGACAUAUGGAAAAGCUCUAGAAAGACCAAUCUCGGCUCCAGAGAAAGACCACAGUCCUGGCACACCAGAAGGACACUAUGCCUUUGUGGACACUGGUGCAAUGCACACAGAGGGAACCUCAGCCUGGCUGAUCAGUGAGCAUAUGUCGGCUACCAGCGGAUCCUGCUUUAGUUUCUGGUAUCGUACGGACUCCCAGGACCAUAUGCAUCUGGCGGAGCUGGUUUUGUAUAUCACCAGCGCACAGGGGCUGCAGCCAGUGUGGGUCCUGCGUGGCUUCCAGAGCACUGACUGGCAGGAGCAACAGCUACAGCUCAACAGCACUGUGGAGUUCCAGAUUGUAUUUGAGGCGUCCAAGGGUUCUCGUUCUCAAGCUGCCAUCAUGGCACUGGACAAUCUGAAGUACACCCCUGACCUACUCUGUAAUACAGAGCCAAAGCAGAAAGCAGGAAAAAACAAUUCAGGAUCAAUCUUGGCCAUAGUUCUCAGUGUGAUCAUCAUCCUCCUGUUCUUGCUGCUGGUCUUCUUGAUUUACCGGAGAUGGAAGAGAAACCAUGAGGAUGCCCCGACACUGCCAGAACAAGAGGGCCAAAUAGAUGGCUUUGAUAAUGUCUCAUAUGAUCAGUUUCAGAAUGAAGAUGCAGCUUCCACCAUCUCAGGCAGAUGAGUUACAAGGAUAUCCAAUCACAGGAGAGUAAUCCUGGACCUCUGCAGAGCCACCACUCCAACAAGGCUCCUUGCCCAGCAUGGAUAUCAAGUUUGUCCCAGUUAAACUACUGGACAGUGUUAAAUGGAGAAGAAAGUCAUGGCUAUAUUAAAUAGUGAACACAAAUAAAAGUUUUUCAUUUUUU